GCGGGCGGGGGAGGUGUCCCGGUGGGUCCCGCGGCAGAGAGCGGGCCCUGGGCCGCCAACAGCCCCCCGGCAGAGGGCACGACCGGGGCUGUGAGGACACCGGGCCGGCAUGGUCGGUUAUGACCCGGAGGCCCAGUGCGUCUCCACGGUGGAAGCGGCUGCAGCAGGAUCAGCGUCCGGCUUCGUCACUCGGGUCCUUGUCAGCCCCUUGGAUGUCCUCAAGAUCCGCUUUCAGCUUCAAAUUGAGCAGCUCUCCUCCAGAAACCCAGCAGCUAAGUACCACGGCAUCCUGCAAGCUGUGCAGCGCAUCUUCCAGGAAGAGGGGUUGGUGGCUUUCUGGAAGGGCCAUGUUCCUGCUCAGUUCCUUUCUGUUGGCUACGGAGCUGUUCAGUUCAUGGCGUUUGAAAGCCUGACAAAGCUGGUGCACCACGUCACCUCCUACGAUGCCCGCGAUUCCUUUGUGCACUUCGUCUGCGGCGGGCUGGCUGCCUGUACAGCCACGGUUGCUGUCCAGCCUGUGGACACCCUGCGCACCCGCUUUGCUGCUCAGGGUGAGCCCAAGGUAUAUCCCAACCUCCGCCAGGCAGUGCUGACCAUGUACCGGACAGAAGGGCCUCAGACUUUCUAUAGAGGUUUGACCCCCACAAUCAUUGCCAUCUUUCCAUAUGCUGGUCUCCAGUUCUACUUCUACAACAUCCUGCAGCAGUUUUCUGAAUGGGUGAUUCCAGCUGAAGGAAAGAAGGGAGGCAAUGUUAAAAACCUUGUUUGUGGCAGCUGUGCUGGAAUCAUCAGCAAAACCCUCACCUACCCCUUUGAUGUCUUCAAAAAACGACUGCAAGUGGGUGGCUUUGAGCAGGCCCGAGCAGCCUUUGGUCAGGUACGGGUGUAUAGGGGUCUCCUGGACUGCAUAAGGCAGAUCAUGCGAGAGGAGGGCCCAGGUGGAUUCUUUAAGGGCCUCUCUCCCAGCGUGCUGAAGGCUGCAGCCUCUACUGGCCUUGUCUUCUUUUGGUAUGAACUGUUCUGCAGCUUCUUGUGUACCCUGAAGAACACUGAUAGCACUGCGAGGAGGGAAGGCUGAGAGGGGCAUUUGUAUGGCUACCUGGAGCUCUCCUGGAGGGGAGGAAACUGAUGGCUUUGCUCUGUCAGGAGCAUGUUGGAAAUGUCAGAACUCCCCAGGUUCCACCAGCCUCUGAGAAAUCACCUCCUGGGAUCAUACAGAAGGAGAAGGCAACUGCAGUUCUGAAGACACUGAGCUGCUUUGCUGGAAGUUGUUCUGCUGGGCACCUUUUUUUUCUGUCUCCUCUAAUAUCAGUACACAUUGAGUGGGGGGGCAGUGAGGAAUCAAGCAGACAGCUACCUAGCAGAGACUGUGCUCUGCAAAGGCACUGAAAAAGUGGGUGAAUUCUUGUGCUUGCCCUGGAUCCUACUGAGGGAUCCUGGCACAGUGCUGCUGAACCAGCACACAUCCCUUCUGUCGCUGCAGACGCACAGCUUUAUUUCCAUGCUCUCUGGCCUGAUGUUUGCCCAGCUGUUUGCUUUUCUCUGUGUUGCACAGGUAGCUCUGCCCUGCUGAUGUGAAGUCUGUUGAAACCUCUUCAGUAUGCAUGGACUCUUGGUUUUCCUUUCCUUUUAUGCCAGCUGAUGCAUCUUGAUUACCACUUGCUGGCUGCACACUCUUAGCCACCUUAGACAGAAUCUUCUAGUAGCUCGUGCUGACUCAAAUUUACUCUUUCUUUAACUCUGGAGAGUUUGAUUGUAUCCUAAGAGCACAUUUCUCUUCUGCGUGUCUUGCCAUACAGCUCUUAGAUUUUUGCACUGCCUCAGUCACACUUUUUACAAGUAGACCUGCUGGUUAAGACCCCUGUUCUGAGGGGAUUCAACGCACAAGCCCAGUUCUUACUUCAGGGUUUUUUGCAUCAAUGCAGUGAGUAAACAAAUGCUGUACAGAGUUUUAGAAAUACUUAGCUUAAGAUGGAAUAAUGAAGGAAAAGUCCUGUGUAAACUAGUAAAUGUCUUGUUUUGGUUUGGUUUUUAAUACUGCCUUUGUAUGUUUCUAGCAAAUAUUUCUAUAGUAGUCACAAAACAUUUCUGAACCUCAGUCCUACAGUGAUGCUAACAGAUGAAAAUGUUUUGACAAGAUUAGCUGAAGUGGGAGAGGUGAACAUCUAAUCCAAAUUGGUUGGUGUAGGUGUAGUGUUUGACAAGAAAAGGUUGAUGAAUUUGAGCUGGUGAAGUGUUUUUCUGGAGUUUCAAAGGUUUCAUGAAAGGGUUAAAAAAAAAACAAAGCCAAACAACAACUGGUUUAUGUAACAGGGAAAAAGAAGAAAAUUGCUUUCUUCACCUUCAGUUAUUCUCUGUUUUUUCAAGCUGAGCAGGGUGUGGCUGCACCAGAAAUGUGAGGUUUCUGAGGAAGAACUGCUGUGAUACAACAGCAUGUUAGUCAUCUGGCAAGUGGUGGAUAGGGCAGAGCACUGCAGUUUGAUGGUUCUUCUCUUAAAGCAGAGCUUUUUGUGGCUCUUUUGCAAUAUUCAGGGUGUUAAUUCCAAACAGCCUGGCAGAAAUCCAGUGUGACCAAUUCCAUUCUGUUGAUGCAACUUCUGGUGAUUUUGAGCAUAUCAGCUCUGCUCACUUAUCCUGAGCUAUUGUGAGAAGCUGUUUUUAAAGAGCAGCUGUUUCACUGGUAGGUAACAUAUCUGGAGAGAUUCCUUGCAAGCCCAGGCCAAGUAACUUUUUGCUCAGCGUGGUUUGAAAUCUUGGAGUGCAGUGACUGGUUCACUGCAGGUGCAUUUUGAGAGCUACAUAAAAUUAAAUCCACUGAGCAGUGCCAGGCUAAUAUGUGAGCCUCAAAGAGGGAAUGUUAUCUUCAUGUACCCUGAAUAUGGGUAGUUUUGCUUAGAGAAGAAAAUGCAAAGAGUAGGGAGCUAAGUUUCUCAAAGUGCCUCAGUUCUGCUGGUGUUUUCCUGUGUUAUUCAGGCUCUUUUCAGAUUCCCCCAAAUAAUCUUAACAAUGUUUUGCCUUUGUUUAUUGUUCUUUUGUUGUUGUUGGAAAGAUAUCAUAACUGAUAAUGAACCUAGGACAUCCCUCAUGACAGCCUGCUGAGGCAGAGAAGUCUCAUUUCCAAAAACAAAUAGGUUGGGACUGUUACUGUCUUUGGGCUGCUGGCAGAGGAAUUCUGUCAUGGUUAUCAGGGACAGGACUGGCCACAGAAAAAAAUAUUCUGUGCCAACCUUGGCUUCCCAUAGGAAACUGGGACUCAUCUAACCUAUCUAAAUAUCACAAGACUCGUUUCCCACUUUAUGCCAAAGAGCUUCUGUUAAACUGCACAAAAUAGGGGAAAACUGGUUAAGAACUUGACAGUGGGAACCUUGGAAUAGGUGCUUUGGUGGUCACAGGUUAAAAGAAUAAAGAAGAGAAAACUGGGUUCUGCUAAGAGGAUGUUCCUCCAGUAUUCUAUGGAGUUUGAAGUGCUUCAGGCAAACAGCUGCUGGGCAGAGAGGGCAGCAAUGGGGAGUAUAGGGCAGCUUGUCUUCUCUGCGAUAUUUUUUUUCCUUCACUCUGCAUUAGAUAGGUUUGCCUCCACCCAACAGAUGGCAAAGUCAGGGUUUCAGUUGUGCCUGGCUGGCCCAGGCUAUGGAAGAGGCACUCUCUGUUGGAGAGCUCUGGCAUACUGGGUGGCUGAUAGAUCCCUUUGGGCCACUAGUCAUAAAUGUUACAGGCCCAUAAAGGCACUUGGUCUUCUGAUGAGGGAAGGAGAAAAAGUGACAACAUUAUACAAUAUUAGAGGUUGCAUCUAACAGUCACUUCAUCCCUCCCCUCUACCCAGCAGCAUCUGAGUCUCAGAAAUUUCCAUGCUUUUUGCUAAUUGGGAGUCACUGCUGGAGAAGAGGCUGUAAUAGGAAUAUUUUUUCUCUUUGGGAAUGAGACUGCUCUAGUGCAGAGCACUAGGAGGACAGAUCUUACUUCUGAUGCUGCUCUGGCAUCAGUCUGCAGCUGAAUUUCCCAGCCUUAGAGGAGCAGAAAAUAGGAGAGGUUUGCACUCAGCUUGUUCUUCCAUAUGCUGGGACAGAUUUGCUCUUGGAAACCACGUGUACCAGACGAGUUUCAGGUGACUCAAGGCUCAGAGCCUGCACCAGAGUUUGCCUCUUGGGGUGGCUGGGAUUUCACUCCCAUGUAAUCCUGUCAGCAGGGAUUUGCCUUGCCCGAAUUUCACCUCACAAGCUGCUCAGCAAUUGUGUUUGUUUUCUUCCAGUGCCUUUUAUCAUCAGAACACCCAAAAGCACUUUAGCAGGCAAAGUGUUGAAGAUGAGUGGCAUUGUGGUUGUUAGGGGAUCCCCCAUCACUCCUGGCUGGCCUUGGAGGGGAGAACAUUGUCUCACAAGUUCCAUGAUGAACACAGUGGUUUCUUCAGCGCUGGCAGGCACCCUGUGUUCCUAGGACAGUCCUCAGGAUGCCCAUCCAGAGCUGCCUAGCAUCAGUUUUGAAACAAAAUUAAUGUUUUACAGUCAGAUACAGACUAGAUUUGGUUUAAGUUUCUCCUGUGAUGUCGAACUGUCAUUCUCUGCUGCAUUGCCUGAGUGGGACUUGCAGCUGCUGUUUGAAAGCAUCUGAGCACAGAGUGCACAUGUGCCUACCUUUGAGGAAAGGUACAUUAAAUAUUUUGUUAUGCUCA